AUGGAGGCGCAAGGCUGCCUCUCCUUCUGCCCGACCGCACCCCCGCCACCUCCCGCAGGCAAAGCCCCCCCAGCUCCAGGCCUGCAGCGGCGCAUCUUCCAGGGCAACCAGAAGCUACCGACCCCCCCUCAGCAUCACCCGCUUCCCUCGCAGCAGCGGCUCAGCCCCAGGCCGGGCCGCUACCCGGACACUUACCCUCCAGCCCAGGAGAAAGCGGCCCACAAAUACCUGGAGCCCCCCAGCCCGGGCCACCACGCGCUGUCUGUCAACGGGAAGGCUUUCUACCAGGCCGUGGCCGAAGCCAGAGAGAAAAGCGCCAAAGGGCAGGGGUACCACCCCGUGCCUGCAGACUGCAGAGUCCCACUGGAAGAAGCCUCUGAUCUCAGCUGCUCCCCAGCUGUGUCUCUGGGCAGCUUGAGGGAGCACAUCUCCCCCGAGCUCACUGACACCAUGGAGCUAUCCAAGAACAAGAACAAGAAGAGGAGGAACAGGACGACCUUCAGCACCUUCCAACUGGAAGAGCUGGAGAAAGUCUUCCAGAAAACCCAUUAUCCUGAUGUGUAUGCCAGGGAGCAGUUGGCACUAAGGACGGACCUAACAGAAGCCAGGGUUCAGGUUUGGUUCCAGAACCGGAGAGCAAAGUGGCGGAAACGGGAACGUUAUGGGAAAAUCCAGGAGGCGAGAAAUCCCUUUGCAGCCACCUACGACAUCUCUGUCCUGCCCAGGGCUGAAAACUACCCUCAGCUGCAGAAUAACCUGUGGCCGAGUGCAGGAUCGGGGAGCCCUGCAGGCCCCUGCCUCAUGCCCCCCGAGAGCAUCCCUUCCCCCUGCGUGUCUCCAUACCCACAUUCCCAUGGGAACAUUGCCGGAUUCAUGGGCAUCCCUGGUUCUCCCAACCACCACCCCGGGAUCAACAACCUGUACUCCAUCCACGGCUUCCCCCCUUCCCUCGGCAGCCAUGGCUUUGAGCCCCCGCCGGACAAUGACUACAAGUCCCCGAGCCUGGUCACGCUGAGAAUGAAAUCCAAAGAGCCAGCCAGCCUGCUUAACUGGACCACGUGAUCACCCUGGAAGGAACUGGGCUGAGGACACAUGGGCAGCUCCUUGAAGCCAACUUUCCACAAGGGGUAGAGAGAGAUCCCAGCCUAUGCUUUUCCUUUCCCUUCAGCCUCCCUGCACUCCACACCCAGCAGCUGGCACCUCAGACAGGAUCCCAGGGCUGAUGAGAACUGAAGAGCACAGCGGCCAUCUUCCUCCUUGUCUUAGCGCUGAGAUGUUGGAGCCAACCCCCAAGAGUUUUCUGCAGAGGCUGGAAAUCUCUUAUUCCAACUCUGAUUCCCUCCUUCCAGAAUCCCUCAGGCUUGCUCUGCAAUGGGAUUUUUUUUUGCCCCACGCUUCCCACCUGGGCUGCCUCCAGGGGGAGCCAAAAGCAGUGGUAGCAACUGCAGAAGCCCUAGUGUAGACAAGACCUUAUCACUGUGUUGCGUAGACCUUCUCUGUUAGGGUAAAAUGCUGGUGGGCCAGAGAGCCCUACCUGUGCUGUGGCCACCAUUGGUGGGGCUGAGACACUGGCAGCAAUGGUGAGACAUUGUAGGAGGUGGAAACUUCCAGUGCAGACCCACACACCCAUCCGCAGGGAAAAGGGACCAGAAAUGGCACAGUCAGCUGCUCCCUUAGCUCCCAUCCAACCCAAUCUCCCCUUCUCCUGCCAAAGCCUGGGUGGGAGAAGCCACCUGAGAUUUUCCUCCCAUAAUCCACUGCACUGUGGCGCUUCUGCAAAGCCCUGACUCCCCUUCUGCAAGCGCUUCUGUGGGCAGAGACAGGGUGGGGGUGGAGAAGGAGAGAGGCAAAAGCUGACGGGGGGGGUGAUGAUCCCCCAUUUACCAUGGAACUGUGGAGUCUGCUGCUAUUCACAUUUAUUGAGCUGUGCUCUGCUACCUGUGCCUGGUCUUAGCAGGAGGGGAAGGGGCUCCCAAGCACAACCUCACCAAAGGCCCCCACAAAAUAUAUCCAGCCCAGGAAGCAGAGGAGGAGAGCAGAGCCUCAUCAUGUGUGCAGGGGCUGGAUGGGGGAUUUGCUUCCAAACUGCAGCUGCUUUAGAUGGAGAUUAACAUCAUCUUCCUUAUUAUCGUGGUUUCCCUUUGGUCUGAGCCAUUAGCCAGCACCUGAGGCCUUGCUGGGUAAGGGUUGUUUCCAAUAGGCGGAAAAGCUGAUGCUACAAGUCAGGUAUAUUCUUUGGUACAAUCCUGUUUGCUUACUAAGAAUGCACAGAGCCCUGUUUGCCUGAACACUGCAGGAACAAACAGCAGCAGGCAAUGUUCCUUGCUCAGAAUUUCCACACCUGCCCCUCCAGCCAACACUCUGCCCAAAAGCUGUCCUCUCUCUCGGCUUUCUCCCAGGGCCACACUCUUAUUGUGCUGCUCGCUGUCUGCUCACCUUCUCCCUGCUUUCUCAUUCCUUUCACACACAUGCCGCUGUAACCAACAUCAA